UAUUUGCAUGCGGCAACAGUCUGGCCACUCUGUCAUCACGCAAUCAUAUCUGGCAACGCUUGCCGCAAAAUGGCAAAAAAAUAAUACAUACGAUUUUAAACUAAUGGACAAUUACGUAUUACGUGAAAAGAACGCCACAAAAAUAGUGAAAAGCUAAGCCAAUUGCCCAGCCAAUCGAAAUAGCGCGUGUGUGUGAGUGAAAAUCGCCAGAAAAAGCCGUGUGAAAAGCAAUUGUAGUGAUUCGAGGAACCUCCUCCGAUCCGAUGCCCAUUUCCACACCUUAUUAGAUAUUGUGCAUUCUUACCCGAAAGACUGACGACGAAUAAUUAGCAGCUAGAAGAAGGAGCUUGCUAAACGCAACGAUUCCAACACAUUCGAUUUUCGAAUAUCUAAAGAACCAAGCCCAAGCCCUAGCCCAAGUGUGCAAGUCCAAGUCCACGUUUACGCCCACGUCCACGUCCACGUCCACAUCCUCCAGCGCAGCUCCGUGUAGAGAGAGGAGCGCGGCGGCGGCGUCAAGGAAGCUAACGCUAAUGAGGAUCUAUUGGCAGCAUGAGUACACUGGGGGGAAGUAGGGGAGAGCGAAAUGCCAAGCCCAAAUUUACAGCGUUGGAUAUAAAUCGCAUGUACAAGAAUAGCCGCGGCGAAUCGAGUGAACCAUCUGCACAAAAGAAUCAAGUGCCCCGUAAACAUGGAAUGCAAAUCUUGGGAAAAGUGCCGUCCGCUAGGCGACCACCAGCCAAUUUGCCAUCCCUGAAGGCCGAGACCAAUACCAGCAGCAACAACAAUCUCCUAGUCUCAGUCGAAGGAGUAACCUCGGGAUCAGCAGGCGGAACAGCAGGAGCUGGUACGGCAGGAUCAAACACUAGCCAUAACAACGCCACUGCCCAUACCGGAGGAUCAGCAGGUGUAACAACAGGCGGCGGUGCGGGAUCGGUCGGAGGCGGAGCUGCAUCUGGCGGCGGCCACCAUCACCAGCAUCACCACAGCCAACACCAUCAUAACAACAACGUCGGUCUCGGCCCAAACUCCACCGGGAAGUUCGGGAAUAAUAGCAGCAGCAGCAACAGCAACACCAUUAGCAAUAACAACAACGCCGGCAGCAAAAACUUUAAACUAAUUAACAACUCGGUGGGUAGCGGAGGCGGUAUAUCAGGAGGUUCCGGUGUAUCCAGCGGUUCUCUAAGCGGAGGCGGCGGCGGAGGAGGAGGUGGUGGAUCAGGAUCCUCGGGUAGCGGUCCCAAAUCAUGGUCUGCAAUAACCACGGGACACGAGCGGGGCUCGGGUCAGCACUUUGGCCGACAGUCGCAGUCACACCAACAGCAAGUGGUGCCGCACUACCAGAGCCCACAGUUCCAGUACGAAUUUCCGACGCUGGACGGCACAGUUGGCAGCGGCGGCGGCGGCGGAGGAGGCGGUUCGGGAGCCGGAACCGGUGUGGGAUCAGGCUCCGGAUCGGGAGCGAACAAGGGCCACUACCAGAACCAACAGAACCAUCAUCAGCACCACCAGCAGCAGCAUCACCACCAACAGCAUCAGCACCAUCGGGACUACCACCAUGGACAUGGGCGUCAGUAUGGUGGCCACCACUCUCAUCGCGACUACAGAGAUGGCAGCGACGACGUCGGCGGCGUUUCCGCCGAGCUCGGCGAACUGAGUCUGCGUCCCCAGAACGAUACGGCUGCUUGGCUGCAGCAGCAGGAGAAGGCCGCCAAGGGAGCUGCAGCGGCGGUAGCAGCGGCCGCAGCAGCUGUGGCAGCGGACCUUGGCCUGAACCCACAGGGCCUGGGCCACCACCACCAGCUGGCGGGUAAUGGCGCCGGUGGCGGCUCCGGUGGAGGAUCCGGCAGCGGCGGAGCAGUUCCACUGCCCAUACUCUCGCUAAUGCCCUCGUUCAUGCGCAGCGGAGCACCCCUGCCGGUUGCCACAGCGGCCAGCAUUUUGGCCGGAGGAAUUGGCAGCGGCAGCUCCUCGGACUCCACUGCCCUUCCCAGCGUUCCCUAUCAGAACGGAAUCCUGGGCACGCGUUCCGCAUCGCCCGCUGUAAUGGGCAGCAGCGGCUUCCGGGCAGCAACUGCCAUUCCCAAGCGACCACCGGCCGCCUCGUCACCCCCUCAAUCGGGACUGGGCCUCGGUGGUUCGCCCACGCCGCCCCAGUCGCAGCAGCAGGCCAAUGGGGCCGCUCCUGCCGGCGGUAAUGGGCGCAAGGACAAGGACUAUGUCGUCGAGCCGGAGGUGGCCCAGAUGCAGCGUCCCAUUAUCCGUGAGGAGGACCUGGAGCGCCUCAACGCCAUCGCCAAGGACGACAGCUGGACCAAGCAGGACGACAUUGACUAUACGAAGAAACUGACCUUCUCGGACGACGAGUCCACGCCGGACGAGCAGCCGGGCAAGUCCCAGCAGGCUCUGCCGGGCAACGAUCAGCGCAAACUCUCCAGCUCCAACUCAUCCUCCAGCUGGCAGCGCGGCAAGGACAGCAGCGAGCGCGACCAAUCCCAGCAGGACGCUGUCCAGGAGCAGCCGCAGCAGCAGGAGAUCCGCCAGCAGAACGGCCAUCGCGGCAGCUCCGGCAACGUGGGAGCCCCGGUAGCCGGCGGCAUUGCUCUGGACGCCAGUGUCUACGAGCGGGUGAAGCAGCGCAAGGAGGAGGAGGAGCGACGCGAAAUGGAGCGCAAGCAGGCGGCGGCCAAGAAGCUGCAGGAGCUGGAGAUGAAGAUGAACAGCAAGAAGGCGGCGGCUGCCGCGGCAGCAGCAUCGGGAGCUGACGGCGGACUAGUCUCGUCCUCGUCGGCAUCCGCCUCGUCGUCCAGCGAGGCACCACCCCCGUCCGCUCCCCUGGGCAACGUCAGCGAGGACGAGGGCGGAGGCCAGGGCGGCGGCGGUGGUGGCGGUCAGCAUCGUCGACCGAGGGGCAGUAUUUCAAGUCUGGGCAGCGGCGUCACUCCGACGGGAGCUGCCGGCGGCGGUGUGUCCUCCUCGUCGUCGACCGGAGGUGGGGACUACGGCCAGAAGACGGUGUUCCUCACCCAUUUCCAAUCGAAUUUACCGCCCCGGUUCCAGCGCCAGCAGCAGCAGCAACAACAGCAACAGCAGCCGCGUCUGGAGAAGAGCGCCUCGGCCAGCAGCGCCUUUGACAGCAGUUCCCGUUACAUGCAGAAGGGCGGCGUCAGUGGCGGCAGUGGCAAUGGCGGUGGCGGAGUCGGAGGAGGAGGAGCGCCCGCCAAUGCCGGCCAGGGUCGCAGCAUUUCCGGCGGCUAUGCCCAGCGAGGUGCCAGCGUCGGUGGAGCUGGCGGCGGUGGUGGCUACAAUCGCAACCGCCACGACAGCUCCAGUGCCCGGGAGGACCAGGAGAUGGAGCAGCAGCAACAGCGAUUCACGCGCGGCCAGGACUACCGGCAGGCCCAGACACUGCCACGCAGCAUCUCGGAGAACUCGCACCGGAAGACGAGUGUCUCGUCGGCCGGAGACGACUCUAGCCUGAUGGGCGGAGGUGCUUCCUCGUGGGCCGAGCAGACGGAUGCCGAGCAAAAGGUGCACCAUCGCCACCGCGAGGAGAGCUUCUCCUCCAGCCACAGCCACGACUCGUCGGUGCAGAUCAAGAUCCUGCAGCGUCCAGCCCGUCAGCCGAGUCUCAGCGAGGAGUCUUCGUCGCAGCAGCCGAAGCAGAUUCCCUCCUCGCCGCAACAGCAGCCGCAGCAGCAGCAGCAGAAGGCCUCGCCGGCAGAGCCCAUGCCCACCCAGAUUCUCCGCCGCAGCGUGGAGGCGGAGAAGCCGGCCGAUGAUAAGCAGGCCGGAGAUGAGAAGGCCGCCUUGGAGACGGACGCGGAGAAGGCCAAGAGCAAGGAGGAGGACAAGACGGCCGGCAAGAGGCCGAGUCCCAGGAGCGGAGCAGUGAGCGGUGGCCGGGGCGGACGCAGCUAUGCCGCCAGUGGCGGAGCCGGCUCGGGCAACAGCUACCGCGGCCAGAGGAACGCCGGCGGCGACUGGGGCAGCCGAGGCAGUGGUAGACGGUAUUAUGGCAGCGGCGGCGAGCAGUCGGAGCACUCCGAGGACGUGGACGAGGACUGCUACAGCAGCAGCGGCGGAGGAGGCGGCGCAGCUCGUCGCAGCCCCAAGGAGGCGGCCGGCAGUGCUCCCAACUCGGCGCAGACGGCGGCGGCAGCGGCCAACAAGGCAGGCUUCUCGCCACGCGGCGAGCCCUCCCGACGUGGACGCGGCGGCCUCUCCAGCGGCGGUGGAGCGGGCAGUUCGGCCGCCGGCUUCCGACGCCAGCCCGUGGGCAGUGGCUCGACGGGAGGAGGAGCGGGCGGAGCUGGACCCGGACAGGGACGCGGCUUUGGACGACUGGGAUACGAGGAGUACGGCAAGCUGCAGCGCAGCUCCGAGUCAGAGGCGGAUCUGGACAAGACCAAGCAGAACCAGCUGGCACUGAGCGCCGGCUUGCACAAAACCACAACCAAGGACGACAAGGACUCCUCCGCCCUGGGCGGCGAGGAGAAGGACAAGACUGCCGGCCACAACACUGCCCUGCUGGCCAAGGACGAGGCGCUGAAGGACUCGCCGGCCCGCCUGCCACCAGGCCUCGCGGCCGGCUCCGUUUCCGCCACCUCCUCUGCGGCCGCAGUUUCCGGCCAGACAGAUCCCAAGAAGAAGGGCGACCCCACCAGUGCCGUGGUGGGUGGAGAGAAGGCCCCCGGCGGCAAACUGCCGGCCAUCGGCGAGAAGUCGGCCCUGGGAGCCGUCGGUUCCGGCCCCUCGGCGGCCAAUCUCCUCCUGGACGCCGGCGCGCCCGUCAACACCAUCAUAUUCGAGAACUCAACGUACAAGCAGCAACAGCAACAGGCGGCGGCCGCGGCCGUUGUGGCCAAGCCGGUGGGAGCACCCGGAGCCGGAUCUGGACCAAGCAGCGGAGCAGGAGUCGGUCCGGCUGGCAGCAGCGUGGACAGCCUGUCGAGCGCCCUCUCCCAGAUGAGCUUCGGCGGCAAGCCGACGUCCGCAGGGGUGUCUGUGCCCGGCGGCGAGGAUGCCCAAGACUUGAAGCUGGGCUUCAGCUUUGGCGACGAUCCACCCACGCCCCUCAAGGUGGUGGAUCCCAUCGAGAAGGCGUCCGCCCAGCAGCAGCAGCAGCAGGCGCAGCAGCAGGCCCAACAGCAGCAGGCGCAGCAGCACUCCCAGCAGCAGCAGCAAAACAACUCUACGGCGGAUCUCAACAUGAAGAUAGCCAGCGUGAAGAAGGUCUGGGAGUCGGCCACGCCCAUGUCGGACGGUCCGUCGGCGGGGCAGCAGCAAUCGCAGCAGACGCCGCAACAGCAGCAGUCCCAGGCCCAGGUGGUGGCGCAGCAGCAGCAGCAGCAACAGGGCCAGGUGCAGCAGGCGGGAGACGAUGGCAGCGGUCACAUGAGCGCCGCCUCGUUCGUGGCCGCUGCAGUGGCCGCCUCGCAGCAGCAGCACCAGCAACAGCAGCAGCAGCACUCGCAGCAACAGCAACAGCAGGCGCACCAGCAGAUGCCCCACUACGCUGUGUCGGCGGUGCACAUGCAGAGCCACCACCACCAGCAACAGCAGGCGGCAGCGGUGGCGGCGGCGCAGGCGCAGCACCACCAGCAGCAGCAGGUCCACCACCAGCAUCAUGCCCUGUCAUCGCCGGGUCCGGUGCACGGCUAUGGCCACGGAUCCCCGUUCGAUGCUGGUUCUCUGGAGCAGCAGUUCCAGCAGGAGGACUACCCUAGUCCGCAGCAACAGCAGCAGCAGCAGCAGGCCCACCAGAAGGCCAAGCAGCUGCAGCAGCAGCAACAGCACCUGGGCAUGUCGCCGCCGCCCAGCCAGCAGCAGCAACAGCACUCGCAGCAGGCGCACCAGCAGCAGCAGCAACAGCAACACCAGCAGCAACAGCAGCAGCAGCAGCAACAACCGUCGUUCUACCAAGCAUCGCCGCAGUUCGGCGUCGGAGGCAUUCCCACGAUCCCCAGCCCGCCGGCCGUAGUGUUCAAUUCGUCGCAGAUGCCACCGCCGCCGUCGCAGGGCGGCAAUCUGUACGCUCCAUUCCAUUCGCUCGAUCAUUCGAGCCGCUCGCCAGCUGCAUACUCGGCAGCGGCGGCGGCCGCCCACAGCUUCCCGGGCCACUAUGCGGCCGCAGCAGCGGCGGCGGCAGCAGCCGGCGGUGGACCCUUCAACGUCAACGUCAACGCGUACGCAAUGCAGACGCCGCACGGCGGCAGCCUACCACCCACAGCGCCCACCCCCGACAUGUACUCCAGCCUGUCCACCCAGUUCCGGCUGGGCGGUGGCGUCGGCGUCGGACCGGGCCCCUUCGGCCAGCCCAGCUCCCAGCAACUGAGCAAUCCGAGCAGCCACGCCGCAGUGGCCAUCAUCUCGUCCAGCAGCAACUCCAUGAUGUCAUCGGGCGCGGCCAAGCCGCCGCCCAGCCAGCAACCGAUCGGCGCCAUAGGCUCCAAGUCGGCGGGCAGUGGCGGUGGUCCCGGUGGUCCGGGCGGACCUGGCGGGCCGGGCGGACCAGGACCAGGACCCGGCCCAGGUCCGGGACCUUAUGCCACCACACAGCAGUAUAUGAAUCUUUAUGCGGGACCCCCACCGCCCCAGCAUCCGGGCCAGGGUGGACCGCCGCCGGGCGCCCAUCAGCUGCAAUCGAACAGCUAUUACUCGAAUUCGGCGCCGGGCGGACCCAGUGGACCCCAGUUCUAUGGCGGACCACCGCCCCAAGGCAAUGGCGGAGCGCAGAGCUAUGGGCUGUAUGGCGGGCAUCAGGGCGGACCGCCCGGAUCCAAUGGGCCGCCGGGACCGCCACAGACCCAGCACACGAUGGGCAGCUUCAACACACAGUUCAUGAACUCGCAGCUCCUGACGGCGGCCAAUAUGAAUCAGUACCGGGGCGGACCGACGCCCGGAGCGGCCUACCUCAAGGGCAGCCAGGGCCAGGGACACAUGCAGGACUCGAUGGGCCGACAGCUGAAGAGUCCACUCAGCGCCGACAUGAGCCUCGGCCUGGCCAAGCAGGUGCAGUCGCAGCCCAGCCCGCCGCACCACAAGAACUACGGCGCAUGGGAUCUGCAGAAUCAGGUGCUGCAGCAGCAGCAGCAAUCUCAGCAACAGCAGCAGCGCCAGGGCGGCGGCGGCGGCGGCAACGGCCCCAAUAUGAAUGCCCUCGGUGGACGCGGUAGUGGCGCCGUUGGAAGCGGCAGUGGCAACGGCGGCGGCGGCGGCGGUGGCGGCGGCUCCCAGGUGGGCGUCGGCGUCGGCGUGGGCGUGGGCGGCAAUGGAGGCGGCAACGGUGUCGGCAGCGUGGGACAAAGCGGCGGCGGUGGCGGUCAGGGCCGGUAUCCGACGCCCAUCCAGCGACCCAACAACUAUCCCCAGCAUCCGCAGCAGCAGCAACAGCAGCGCGAUCAGGCAGCGGCCGCAGCAGCGGCGGCCCAGCGCGUCCAGAACAUGCGUCAGGUGACGGGUGGCGGUGGCGCCGGCGGCGGUGGUGGCUCCGGCUCCCAGGUGGGCGUGGCCGGCAGUGCCGGUGGCAACGGGAACGCACCUGUAGGACCGCCGGGCGGCAAUAACGGCGGUGGACCGGGCGGCAACGGUGGACCCGGCGGAGCUGGUGGCGGUGGAGCGGGCGGAGCAGCUGGCUCGGGACCCGGAAAGCCCUACUACUCCAAUAACGCCACCGGAGCCGGCGGCGGAGGUAAUCGCGGCGAGUGGCAUGCGAACUGAGCCGACGUCGUCUCCUCCUCCUCCUCCUACUGCCUCCCGGACAGAUUGCGGAUGGAAGAUAUACCUUACAAUAACAACAACAAUAAUAACAACAACAACGGAUUUGGAUAGCGAGAGGAUUACGAGAACAAUAAGGACCGGACUAAGAGAGAGAGAAAGAGAGAGAGAAACUAGCAAAUGCAAAGAGAAAGGGAAUACCGAUCGAGAACGAAAAGAGAAAACAUUCGAAUUGCAAAAAAUUGAUAAUUAUGUUGCAAGUAGGAAGGUGAGAGCGACCAGGGAGUCCUCCCCCCAAAAAAAGCAAAAAAAAGUAAAAAAAAACACAGCCACAACAAAAAAAGUAAAUAAAAAAUAAAAAAAAAACAGGAACAGCAAAAGCAAAAGCAAAAUCAUGAAAAAGCAAAAGCAAAUGCAAAGGCAUAAGCGAAAAGCAAAAAAACAAACGCAAUCGGAAAGAGAGCGAGAGAGAGAGAGAGAAGAGUAACGUCAGAAAGCGAGUAAGGAACUAAAUUGCAAGCAAGAAGAUAUAUUUAACAACAAACAUUAAAAAAAAUAAAACUACAAAAAAAUAAGAAACACCAACACAUACACCACACACACACCCACACACACCACACACACACACACACACACCUACAUAAAUACAUGCAUACAUUUACAUAUAUACAUACAUACUUACAUAAAAUAGCAGAGUGUAUUUUUUGUCAAACAAAUUUACAUAAUAUUAUAUUACUUUAUAUACUUAUUAUUUUUUGUAGUAGAGUCUCUCCCCCUUAAAAAAAAAAACAAACAAACAAACAAGAAAAUCAACAAAAAACAAUCGGAAGAAAAAAACCUUUGGCACUGCGUAUGCUUUAAUUUCUUUAUAUAUAUAAAAUAUUGUUUAAUUUUUUUGCAACCAACAAAAAUCAACUAAUAAUUUUAAUUUAUGUUUAUGCUACAAUAUACAUUAUAUAUAUAAAAUCUA